UAAGAAAAACACUCUCCUGAUUUCUCCGGUUCCGACCUCGUUGACUUUUUCUUCUUCUUGUUCAGAUAUAUAGAUUCCAAAAGUUCUCUCUUCUUACUUCUUCAAUCUGAAAGAUUCUGAUUUGGAUGUCUGAUUAUAACUUCUUGAACAAAAAAAAAUAACUAUUGGGUUUCCUCUCCAAAACCAAAAAAAGAAAACCCUUGGAUUCGUGAUUCCUCCCUUGCUUAGUUUCGAUUCGAUAACGAGGUUUCCCCGAGUCAUCAUCAGAUUAAGAAGAGUUCACGAUGUUGGAGAAGGUUGAGACUUUCGACAUGAACAGAGUAAUUGAUGAAUUCGAGGAAAUGACAAGAAACGCUGAUCAAGUCCAGAAACAAACCUUGAAAGAUAUUCUACUCAAGAACAAAUCCGCCAUCUACUUACAAAACUUUGGUCUCGAUGGAAACACCACUGACCCUGAAGAGGCUUUCAAAUCUAUGGUCCCUUUAGUCACUGAUGUUGAGUUAGAGCCUUACAUCAAAAGAAUGGUCGAUGGUGACACUUCACCUAUUCUCACUGGCCACCCUGUUCCUGCCAUUUCCUUGAGCUCUGGAACUAGUCAAGGCCGUCCAAAGUUUAUUCCUUUCACUGAUGAGUUAAUGGAGAACACAUUACAACUGUUUCGCACUGCUUUCGCCUUCAGAAACAGAGAAUUUCCAAUUGACGACAAUGGAAGAGCUUUGCAAUUUAUCUUCAGCAGCAAGCAGUACAUAUCAACCGGAGGUGUCCCCGUAGGAACCGCAACCACAAACGUUUACCGGAACCCUAACUUCAAAGCCGGGAUGAAAUCUAUAACGUCUCCUUCUUGUAGUCCUGACGAAGUUCUCUUUAGUCCUGAUGUCCAUCAAGCCUUGUAUUGCCAUCUCUUGUCCGGAAUCCUCUUCCGAGACCAAGUUCAGUACGUCUUUGCAGUCUUUGCUCACGGUAUAGUUCACGCGUUUAGAACCUUUGAACAGGUUUGGGAAGAGAUUGUUACCGAUAUCAAAGACGGUGUCCUAAGCAACCGUAUUACUGUCCCAUCAGUGCGUGCCGCAAUGUCCAAGCUGCUCACACCUAACCCUGAACUAGCGGAGACUAUCCGCACCAAAUGUAUGAGUUUGAGCAACUGGUACGGACUGAUUCCCGCGCUCUUCCCUAACGCAAAGUAUGUUUACGGGAUCAUGACUGGCUCCAUGGAACCCUAUGUGCAUAAGCUGAGACAUUACGCGGGAGAUUUGCCUCUAGUGAGUCAUGACUACGGUAGCUCUGAAGGAUGGAUUGCUGCUAAUGUUACACCGAGGUUGUCUCCAGAGGAAGCUACAUUCGCAGUGAUUCCGAAUCUCGGUUAUUUCGAGUUUCUCCCUGUGUCUGAAACAGGGGAAGGAGAUCAGGAGAAGCCAGUUGGUCUAACUGAAGUCAAGAUCGGAGAAGAGUACGAGGUUGUCAUCACAAAUUACGCAGGGUUGUAUCGAUACCGGCUUGGAGAUGUGGUAAAGGUCGAAGGAUUCUACAACAACACUCCCCAACUAAAAUUCAUAUGCAGGAGAAACCUGAUUCUCUCGAUCAACAUCGACAAGAACACAGAACGAGACCUGCAGCUUUCAGUAGAGUCAGCUGCAAAGAGACUAUCAGAAGAAAAGAUUGAAGUUAUAGACUUCUCUAGCCACGUCGAUGUCUCGACAGAUCCAGGGCAUUACGCUAUAUUCUGGGAGAUUUCAGGUGAAACAAACGAAGAUGUUCUUCAAGAUUGCUGCAACUGUUUAGACCGAGGAUUCAUCGAUGCCGGUUACGUUAGCUCCAGAAAAUGCAAGACUAUUGGACCGUUAGAACUGAAAGUUGUCGGGAAAGGAACUUUCAGGAAGGUUCAAGAACAUUUUCUAGGGCUUGGUUCGUCGGCUGGACAGUUUAAGAUGCCAAGAUGUGUGAAGCCAAGUAAUGCAAAGGUUCUACAAAUUCUGUGUGAGAAUGUGGUGAGUAAUUACUUCAGCACAGCGUUUGACUAAACAAACAUUGUGAUGAUAUCAAGAAAAGUGGUUUUUAGUUGGUUUGUCAUUUGUCUUUGUUGUCUUUAUUGUCAAUAUAGUUUAUUACGUUGUUUAAUUGAGCAUAAGGGAAAUAACUUUCUAUCUUUUAUAGAAGAAAUAUAUGUAUCACAGUGGUCUUCUUUACUUUGCUUUUUGUGCAAUCAGUGUUUGGGAAAUAAAUAGAUUUCGGAUGUGACGUUACC